CCGUCAGUUGACCCAUUUCGUGAAAUAAAAGUUUUGAGAUGAUUUUUUUUCUUAUUUUCCUUUCUUCUUUUCCUCGCUCAUUAUUCUUUAGGGUUCACCGUACAAAUCUCUACAAGUCUCCCAGGCAAUCAGAAGAAUAGAAAAAGAUCGCAUUCUUACGCUUUUACAUGAAUACAACCCAACCCCAGGCAACUAAUAAUCCUAAACCUGUCUUGCAUGGUGUAAAAAUUAAACAAAGAAAAGGUGUCCAAAAAGCAAACGCUAAACACGAACCAGAAGUUUUCAGAGAUCAAAUUCUCAACCAUCUUAAACCCAUCAAAGAAAGUGAUUUUGAAGCUGUUUCUGCUAAACUUGACAAUCUCGGUAACACUCUUGAUUAUCGCAAAUACGGAGAUUCUCUAUUCGAAAUUCUUAUAACUGGUGGCAUCUUAGAACCUGGAGGAAUCAUUAAAAAUGAUGUUGAGCAAAGCCCUUUCUGCAUUUUUGCAGCACAAGAUGAUGCCUCCGUGAUUAAAAAGUACGUUGAUACGUUCAAUAAGCUUAUCCGUCGUUAUAAAUAUUUGCAAAGAAUUUUUGGAGAGACUCUUCAGAACAUUCUGCAAUUCAGUAACAAAUGGUCUUCCGAGGAAAACUCAAAGUUGGCUAAAGCAACCGGUUUUUUCGUUUGCCAACAAAUCGUCCCCAUCUCUGUCUUAAAGGUACUUUUCCAAGACUAUCUGAUCAAAGAAGCUUUGGCGUUGAACUUUGUUACCAGCGUUUUCAGAACUGUCAUAACCGAGCAAAAUGUUGACCAGUUAGGCCGUAUGCUAACCAGCGAAGGUUUGAAUGCGCGCAUUGUUGAUUUUUUCCCUCCCAACAAGCGUGAUGAAGAUAGCCUUAUCCGUCAUUUUGAAGCUGAAAAUAUGAAGAGUUUAGUGGAUUAUUAUCGCAAAUCCAAGAAGAAUUCCGUUAAAACCACCCUUUUGAAUGAGUUGUCCGAGCUCGUACAAGGUGAAGAAUCCUCGGACAAAGAAGUGAUUCAGUUUAUCAGAGCAAAUAUGAAAGAGGCUGCUCUUACCGAAGCUGAUGUCAUCCCUAUCAUUUGGCAAUCACUCGCCAACACCAUCGAUACUAUGAACCGUGCAGAUCAAAUUGAGGGACAAGCUUUGCGCGCAGUCAAUCAAUGGACACAGAUUUUGGCAGAUUUCUGUAAAUCACCCAAGACCGAAAUUCUUUUGCUUCAAAAAGUCCAAACGACUUGCUAUGAAGAAGUCAAGCUUACCAAAUCUUUCCGCCGCAUUGUUCAAGAACUUUACAAGAAUGAUGUCUUGUCCGACAAUGCCAUUCUUUAUUGGAAUGAUAAGGCUCACUUGCCCCAAGGCAAAUCUGUAUUCUUGAAACAAUUAGAGCCUUUCGCUACUUGGUUGAGAGAAAAUGGUGAUAGUGACGAGGAUUCCGAUUAGUGAGGACCCAUUUAUCACUUAGUUCAACAAUUUUAUACUUAUCGUAUUACACCUUUUAUCAUAAAAUAAACUGAUGAUGUGUACUUUUCUACAUCCGUUCAUUCGGUUAAAGCACUG